CUUGCCUUGCAUGCUUAUUCCAUAUAUACCAAAACAGACAAAAUUUAAAAUGUCUCUCCACACCGCCAUUGAUAUUAGAGAGAGAGCGGAUUACUCUAGAUUAAUUACUCAUGGCCAUGGCGGCAACUGGAGUUUGCGCAUAUGCCACCGGUUACUCGCCGGUGUCCCGCCGGAAGCUGGAGAUGACAUCAUUUAGACCAAUAUUAAUGAAGCAAAGCCGGACUCGGGCAUUCGCUGUAUCCACGUUGUCGGAGCAGGCAUCAACGGUAACUAAACCCAAGUCAACAACGUCAACGCUUCCUCAGAACAGUGGAAAAUUUCAGCAACAAGAAGCGACGAAAAAUGUUUUUGCCAAUAUGGACGAAUUACCGGAGGAAGACGCUCAAGGAUUUCUUUGAGGCCUGCAAAGAGUUUAUCGGAUCAGACGGCGGUCCGCCUCGCUGGUUCUCUCCUCAGGAGUGCGGCUGCAGGGUACCCGAUUCUCCCCUGCUUAUCUUUUUUUUCCUCUGAUAUUGUUUUAAUUUUGACUUCACACUUGCUGAGCUAAUUAAUUCUGUGCUUACUAAUGUUGUUCUUAAAUGAAAGGAAGGAUCUUUGACAUUUAGUGCUUGCAUAUUCCAGUCGAGGACAGAGCAUCUUUUACAGGAUUCAGGCCUUGAAAGCACAAUUAGGUGAGAGCACUCCAGGUCACCAAAUAGACCAAUAUAUCUUGUUGGGGAAUCCCAUGGAGGAUGCUUUGCCUUAGCUGUUACAAACCGUAACCCUGAUAUUGAUCUCCUACUUAUCUUGUCUAACCCAGGCAACGACUAGAAUUGUUGUAAUCUUUACAAACAGCAUUCCUUGAUGUCGUAAUUAUAUUUUUGCAAUAUUAACAAGAGUGCUAUUAUAAUUUCCUUCCUAAAAGGUAUAAAUGGUGUACGAAAAC